GGUGAGUGAAGGUGUCGCUAUAUGGACUGAUUCUCUCCUGCUGUUUUGGACAGAGGUCUGUUACCUAAGGUGUGACAGAUAUCCACCAUGGAGCUAAUAACGUGGGUGGCGUUGUGUCUGCUUCUGUUACUCUCGAUAACAUUCCUGAUUAACAGAGGUUCUUCUCGCCAUCGGCUACCCCCGGGACCCCAGGGUUUACCCCUCAUUGGCUGCCCGUGGGCGGUGCUCAGCGAGUUCCAUGUCCUCUGCACCAGUAUGGCCGAGACCUGGGGUGAAGUGGUUAGCAUUAACAUCAUGGGGAAGACGAUCGUCGCUCUUAACUCCGCCAGUGUCGUCAGAGAAGCAUUCAAUUCUCAGGCCUUUGCAGAGACAUUUGCUGGUCGAGAGCCGAUGCCCAUCUAUAACAAGCACGUUUCAGAGAUGACUAGUUUCUUGCAGCCUGGUCCUGUCUGGUAUAAGCUUCGGAAGAUAGUCCACAAAACAUUAAACCAUUACGGAGAGGGUCUGCAUGAGAGUGAGAGGACGAUCCAAGAGGAGUUAACUCAUGUGAUAGAAAUGUUGGAGGAAGUCGGAAAGUCGGUGAACAUGGACGAAGUUCUCUACCCUUCUCUGAUUAAUAUCAUGACAAUACUGUUGAAAGGCAGACGCUACGACUACGAUUCGCGUGUUCUGGAAAACGCCCGCUUUCUGGAUGAGGUCGGCGUUCAGGUUUCUUCACCCGCCAAUAACUUCUUCCUCCAACUCUUUCCAUUCCUCACAAAACUGAACAUUGGCCCGGGCAGACUUUUGCAGAUGGAACUGAGGGCAGAACGACAGUUUCUAACUGACUAUUAUGAAGAGUCCAAGGCCACGUACAGUCGUGAAGUCACCAGAGGUAUGAUCGAUGUCCUUCUCCGUCACCAGGAAGAAGACGGAAGUAGUUGGAUGACCGACGACAACAUCAAGGCACAAAUACAGGAAAUGAUUACAGCUGGUAAAUAUGCUCAUUACUGA